AUGGAUCUUCGAUCUUCACACGAUCGCGCAAGCAUCGAAGCUUUUCCCACCGCCAGUCAACCUGGUCACCAAGACACAGUUCAAGCCCCAAAGACAGCGGUGCACACCACCGAUGAGCUUCAUGACGAUGAAGGCGAGUAUCCCGAGGGCGGCUUCCAAGCCUGGAUGGUGGUGGUCGGCGCGUGGUGCGCCAUGAUCCCUCCCAUGGGCAUCCUCAACACCAUAUCCGUGCUCCAGGGCUGGCUGCUGCAGAAUGAGCUCAAAGGCGUUCCCGAAAGCAAAGCAGGAUGGAUAUUCUCGUGUUACGCCUUCUUUAUUACGGCCUGCGGAGCACAAGUUGGACCAGUAUUUGACGCAUUCGAUAUCAGAGUGGUACUUAUGCCAGGCUCUAUCGGCAUGAUUGCUUCAAUGAUCUUUCUCAGUCUGUCGACAGAAUUCUACCAAAUGCUUCUUUCCUUCGGCGUCUGCGGCGGCAUCAGCGCCGCCUUCCUCUUCAACCCGGCCCUCUCAGCUAUAGGCCACUGGUUCUGCGAGCGCCGCGCCUUCGCAACCGGCGUAGCCUGCACGGCCGGUGGCCUCGGCGGCAUCGGCUUUUCCCUCAUCAUCCAGUACCUCGCGCCCCGCAUCGGUUUCCCCUGGGCCAUGCGCAUCAUUGCCUUCAUCUCAGCGGGCAGCCUGAUCAUCACAAACAUCUUUCUACGUAAACGGCUCCCGCCCAAACGCAAAGCCAAGGUCCUUAUUGACUUUCGUCUUCUGCGUGACCUCAAAUUCGGGGUCGCAGUGGUAGCUAUCUUCUUUGUGGAGUUUGCCGUGUUCAUCCCGUACUCGUAUAUCUCGUCCUACGCCAUUGAAAAGGGACUGGGCUUGCAGAAAUCAUUCCUCCUCAACGUCCUGCUCAACGCCGGCGCGAUACCAGGGCGUAUGUUGCCUGGAUACAUCGCCGACCGUGUGGGCGCCUUCAACACCAUGUGUGUUACCUCCCUCUGCUGCGGUGUUUUGAUUUUGGGAUUGUGGCUUGCCGCCGGCGACGUAGAUGCCAAGAUCAUGUCCUUCACCACGCUGUUCGGCUUCUGGUCUGGAGCUGCCAUAAGCUUGUCGCCCGUGUGCAUCUCUCGAGUCUGUAAGAUUGAAGACUAUGGCAAGUCGACGGGCAUGGCGUACUUUAUUGCGAGCUUCGGUGCGCUGGUUGGCAUCCCAUUGGCGGGUUUCUUAGUGAAGACUGGGAGCGAGCCUUAUCGAAACUUGAUCAUCUUCGCGGGGGCGGCGUAUAUGGUUGCAUUUGUUGCAUUUUGCGGUGCUAGGGGCAUCGCGGGUGGUUGGAAACCGGCGUUGUUCUAG